GGCCUGCUGUUUAUCAGGAACUCCAAAAAAGAGGAGAAAAGGCUAGCGCGGUAUAUCUUUGCGGAACGAAGAUAUCUUCCGCCACUGUUUGGAAGGAAAUCAGACGCUCAGGGGCUAGACCAAUUGAUCAUGGCCAUAAUAAACAACUCCCUCGAGAUGUGGCGGUACGGACGCCUUCCCCAGGAAGACAAUCACCGCCACUUCCUGUAAUAUGUCGACGUCGGGACAAUUCCUCUCGGGACACUUUCUCAUCGCAAACUCCAUCGGUCGCACUACAACAGACCGCACUUUCGCCACUAGAUACGACGAUUAAGAGGUCUGAUCUCAUACAUGAAAUGAGUGUAUCUUGUGAGAUUUCAGAUUUUCAUAGCAUCCUGCUUCAGCAUACACCUUCGUAUAUCUACAGACUGGAACUACCUAUUAUCUGUCGAAUAUCGUUUACAUGAUUUCAAAUCAGUUAUUUACCGAUUCGGAAAAGAUUCGCUGUUUCGAUAAUCUUUUCGCGUGUUUUCCUACGAAUGUACUCUACUCACUCCUAGCGAGUACAUCUCGCAGUGUCCACGUUGUCUUCCAUGAAGUACUGGACUACCUAUUUCUACGCGACCGGAGAGAUGACUUUCAAAUGCUGGUGGAAGCUGCUGCGCAUGAUUAUCCGGAUUGGCUUGUCGCAUCAGCGCAGAAUCUUAUCCUCCAUGCCGUAAUGAUGAACUGUCCCAGCGCAUGCCGCCUUCUACUGGAGAUUGAUAAAUAUGCAGCUCAAAAAUAUAUCAGCUACUCAUUUUCGGCCCAGACUUGGGGCCAUUCGCGUUAUGUGAUUGCAGUUCUUUGUGCGAUUUCCGCAGGGCACAUCGAUUGCGCACGACUGCUGAUAGCGCACGUAGCCCGGAAUUGUCCACUGCAACAUGGUCAGGGCUAUAGUUGCGAUACAACCCCAUAUUCAUGUCCAACAAGAGAGAAUGGAAUGCAUGUGCAUACUUUCGAGUGCCCUAAAAAUGAAGUCACAUUUUUGUUUUUUGGGGUGGUACGCGAACUACGACACGGGGACUUCCGCUCCCCGCCUGUGCUUGGAUGCAUCAGCAGAUACAUGCCAUUGCGUCUCGAGAUGCAGACAGUGCAACGUGGGUUUGAGAUAUUGAUUGAAUUCGGAUGCGAUAUUGAUGCUAUUGCGCCGCUGUUCAGAGAACCAACACCUACCUCGUACAAACAGCCACUUCUACAGGGUUUUGAGGUUGGACUAGGAAAGCUCUACGGACAUCUAAAAGUUCCGCUAUGUCUACUACCUACGGUUCUUGAUAUAACAUAUAACUGGCACAAGGAAGUCUUUUACCACUUUGCUUGCCAUAGGGAUCGAAAUGCUACGCGCCUUACUCGCACUGGGUUAUACCUUGCAGCAGAAGAAGGAAGCGAUUAUCUUGUCCGAUACCUCGACACGAUGUGCUCUAGACAGUCAGACCUUCAUGGAUUACUUCAAAUCAUCCUUGUCGAGCAAUUUGUUGCGAGGUUUGAUCUCAAAAUUGCACACGCGCUUGUGAAGCGUGAUGUUGACUUCAGACCCCUUCCGCAAGACUUUGGGUCGUCCCUUCUUCUAGCAAGAUUUCUGGGUAUAAUAAAAGACCACACCAUCACCUCAGAGAUUAUCGACAUCCUCGACCAUUUCAUUCGGAAAGAAACAACCAUUGAUUCGAAUGUCAUGAUGUUUGCAGUCAAGUGUCAGGGGACCCAGCUGCUGGAGCUUCUUGCUAGCCACAACGCUGAUUUCAAAACCUAUGGCACUCCAGCUCUCUAUAUGGCUGCUGUUCUCAACAACUACGAGGCAAUAGAUUGGCUGCUAAAGACUGGAGUCGAUAUUAAUGCAGGGUUUCUUCUUAACGAUACGCACACCACUGUGGUUGGUGGCUUAUUUGAAGCGUGGAGGCCCUGUGAGCUCACAUUUCUGAAUCUCAGUUCGCCAUAUUUUGACCGCUAUACGUCGUACAACUUAUUACCAAAUCUAGAGAGGGGACCUGUCGCUCCAAUGCUCAAGCAUUUGGUGGGCCGAGGUGCUUCCCUGCGACCUGAGCCGGGCAACUCCCAGCCUAAUAGCCUUUUGCUGCACGCUAUCACAACAGGAAAACAUCUCUCAGAUAUCCUCGACAUAAUUACUUAUCUUCUUAUGGCUCAAGGCGGAGUUCACAACCAGUCGCCGUCUCAGCCUUGUCUAUUCGAGCCGUGCUUUGACGACCAUUUAGAUUGCAGCCAUUCUUCUUCUGAGAACUUGAACUGUGGGCUACGGAUUUUCAAUAUUCUUCUUGCCAGUGACAUUCCGAUCGCUCACAGCGGCGUUCUUGCUGUUUUGAUAAGAAGCGGUGCAUCGUUAGACUUAAUUCAUAUGGUUAUUAGCAGAGGGGUUAAUAUCAAUGCCUACUCUCGCCGAGCAAGAAAACAUUUAUGUAUCCAGUGCACACCUCUUCAGGCGGCAUCCAUGACCGGCAAGUUUGAGCUAGUUCGGAGUCUUAUCGGGAAUGGCGCAGAUGUCAACCUCCCCGGGAAAGGCUGGGGAGGUAUGACAGCUCUCCAAGCUGCUUGUAACCUGCCUUAUGGACAGGGCGAAGACCGGAAAACUAAGAUUUUAUUAGUCGGAUUUCUUAUGGACAGCGGUGCUGAUGUGAAUGCACCCGCUGCUGAUGAUAACGGAUGUACUGCUUUGCAAGCUGCAGCAGAGACUGGUGACAUUGAACUAGCAAAGAUAUUACUCGAUAACGGCGCCGAUAUCAAUGCCCCAGGUCCCCGUAUAGAUAGAAUUAGUGUUUUAGAUUGUGCUGUACAGGGUGGGCGGUUGGAUAUGACCAAGUUUCUACUUGAUCUGGGAGUAUUAAGUUAUCAGCGAGGGGAAUCCGGCUAUGAUGGUGCGAUAGAAAUAGCUGGGUUGUACGGUUACUGGGCAAUCGCUGAUCUUCUUCAAGAACGAGCGAGGGAGUGCACACAGAUACGCGAUUUACUUGGAGAGAGUGGCUGUUGACGAACAAGGGCGCUUUCAUCUUGGGAGUAAAGCACAGGGAAAUACCUAGAAGGGUACAGGGCGCACCAAUUGUCUAUUUCCAAUUGAGACAGAGUCUUGCUAGUUUGAAUGGCAACUUAGAUGCAGUUGCUUCACCUGUG